CUGUGGCUGACUGGGGUGGCUAUCAAGCUAACCUCAACGGUGAAAAAUAGCCUCAAAAUUAACGCGUCGUGUCAGGUAGCCUGAGACUUUGGAUCUAAUAUGGGGAAAGGUGGAGGUACAUUCGAGCGGCUUCUGGAUAAAGCCACCAGUCAGCUGCUACUGGAGACAGACUGGGAGUCAAUUCUGCAGAUUUGUGAUCUUAUUCGGCAAGGAGACACACAAGCAAAAUAUGCAAUUGGUGCCAUUAAGAAGAAGUUGAAUGACAAAAAUCCACACGUGGCCCUCUAUGCACUCGAGGUCCUGGAGUCAGUGGUAAAAAACUGUGGCCAGACAGUCCAUGAUGAGGUGGCAAGUAAGCAGACCAUGGAGGAACUGAAGGAUCUUCUCAAGAAGCAGACGGAACCCAAUGUAAGAAAUAAGAUUCUGUACUUGAUCCAGGCAUGGGCACAUGCCUUCCGCAAUGAGCCUAAGUACAAGGUGGUCCAGGACACUUACCAGAUCAUGAAGGUGGAGGGCCACGUCUUCCCUGAGUUUAAGGAGAGCGAUGCAAUGUUUGCUGCAGAGAGAGCCCCAGACUGGGUAGACGCUGAGGAGUGCCACCGGUGCAGAGUUCAGUUUGGUGUUAUGACAAGAAAGCACCAUUGUCGUGCCUGCGGUCAGAUUUUCUGUGGCAAGUGCUCUUCCAAGUACUCUACCAUUCCCAAAUUUGGUAUUGAGAAAGAAGUCCGUGUGUGUGAACCCUGCUUUGAGCUUCUGAACAACCACCCCUCCCUCUCUCCUCCACCCAGGAAAGCCGAGGGGAAAGCCCCGUCCUCUGGUACUGCUGAGCUGCCUCCAGAGUACCUGACCAGCCCUCUGUCCCAGCAGUCACAGGUCUCACUGCACUCCCUGUCUCCUCAGAUGCCCCCCAAGAGAGAUGAUACCGCACUGCAGGAAGAGGAGGAGCUUCAAUUGGCUAUUGCCUUAUCCCAAAGUGAGGCUGAGGAAAAGGAGAGGAUGAGGCAGAAGAAUUCAUAUUCGGUGUAUCCCAAAGCUGAACCCACACCAGUGACUUCCUCGGCCCCACCAGUCAGCACCCUCUACUCCUCCCCCGUGAACUCUUCUGCUCCAUCCGCUGAAGAUGUGGACCCAGAGCUGGCUCGUUACCUGAACAGAACUUACUGGGAGAAGAAACAGGAAGAGGCCCGUAAGAGUCCCACCCCCUCUGCCCCUGCGCCUGUGCCAUUGGCUGAGCCCCUGCCACCAAUCAGUCAGCCAGUGGAAAGUCAUGCUCCAGUCCAGCCAGUCAACAUAGUGGAGCAGCCCUACCAGAACGGGGAGUCAGAGGAGAACCACGAGCAGUUCCUGAAGGCCCUGCAGAACGCCGUCACCACUUUCCUCAACCGCAUGAAAAGCAACCACAUGCGUGGGCGCAGCAUCACCAACGACAGUGCUGUGCUCUCCCUCUUCCAGUCAAUCAACAACAUGCACCCACAGCUGCUGGACAUCCUCAACCAGUUGGACGAGAAGAGAUUGUAUUAUGAGGGGUUACAGGAUAAGCUGGCUCAGGUGCGUGACGCUCGGGCAGCCCUCAAUGCCCUACGAGAUGAGCACCGGGAAAAGCUUCGCCGUGCAGCAGAGGAAGCUGAAAGGCAGAGGCAGAUCCAGCUGGCACAGAAACUGGAAAUCAUGAGGCAGAAGAAACAGGAGUACCUGGAGAUGCAGAGGCAGUUGGCUAUCCAGCGUCUCCAGGAGCAGGAGAAGGAGAGGCAGAUGCGCCUGGAGCAGCAGAAGCACACCAUCCAGAUGAGGGCCCAGAUGCCUGCCUUCUCUCUUCCUUACGCCCAGAUGCAGUCUUUGCCCCCUAAUGUGGCUGGAGGGGUGGUGUACCAGCCUGGCGCACCACCCAGCUACCCAGGAACCUUCAGCCCUGCCGGCUCGGUGGAAGGCUCACCCAUGCAUAACGUCUAUAUGAACCAACAAGGGCAGACUGCUCCCGGACAGUAUCAGGCCAUGCCUGUCUCAGCCACAGAUCCAAACAUGGUGAAUGCGUAUAUGUACCAGGGUGCUGGCACCAAUGGGCAGGCUGCCCCUCCUGGUCAGGUCCCUCCAACCACUAGCCCCGCUUACUCCAGCUACCAGCCCACACCCACACAGGGUUACCAGAAUGUGGUCUCCCAAGCUCAGAGUAUGCCCCCCAUGUCCCAGGCAGCCCCUACUAACGGCAUGGGCUACAUGGGCUACCAGCCUUAUAACAUGCAGAACAUGAUGCCGGCGCUGCCAGGACAGGACCCCAACAUGCCUCCCCAACAACCUUACAUGCCGGGCCAGCAGCCCAUGUACCAGCAGAUGGCUCCCCCUGGUGGCCCGCAGCAGCAGGCGCAGCAGCAGCCACUCCCUCAGGCUGUUCCCGGCAGCGCAGAGGCACAGCUCAUCUCCUUCGACUGACCGCCCGCACCCUGAUCUUUUGACCCUGCAAGACCUAAC